CAGCGGUCAUGCGCACGCAUGACGUACACGCCCCCUACUACCAUUUUCACUUUCAGUCGCGCGCGGAUCGUGAGAGCUGCAAAUCUCGAGACGUGGUGACGGCGGUUUUCACCCCGAAAUCCGAAUAUAAUCCAUAUCCUUAUUAAUGACAUUGGCUAAUACGAACGUAAUACAUUGGACUUACAUGAUUAAACUACAAUAGAACAGCAAACCAAAUGAAAGGGACCAGAAGCGUGAGAGAAAAACAGAAGGGGGUAACGUUAGCUAGCUAAGGUAAGGAUAACAUAGGAACUAACGUAGCGUUAGCUAGUAGGCUAGCGACCAUAUCUGUCGUCCCGCCGGCAUAACAGGAGUCGUGGUUUUCGCUAACUAUAUUUUUAUUAAUGACGAGGGGGAUCAAGUCAUAUAUUUGCAACGUUAACUACAAACGAUACAUUUUCCUGUCGUACCAAUUUCCCCCAGCUAACUAUUGCUAAUUAUAUUUUAGAUUGUAGCCAACUCUUGCAUCAGCAGAACUAAAGCUAGCUACUUCGCUAGCAGGGUAGCUUCGCUUGCUGGCUAUUACCGAUACGCUAGCUUGUAGCGAAAGCGUCCGUGGGUUUGACUCAAUUGGGAGGUUUAUAAUCUAAAAAAACAUCGGCCAUGUUGAAGCAACAACAGUCCGGCCUCAGCGGACGGAAAACCUCUAACGGAACUUCGGGCCCAUCCAGCAUGUCUUCCCCAGCAUCUGGGCUCAACACGAGCAGCAGCAGAGCGGCUAAUGGAAGAAGCCGAAACUCUGUGAAGGUACCUUACCAGUCUUCUCCUGUAUUUGAAGGAGUGUACAACAAUGCCAGAAUGCUGCAUUUUCUUACAGCUGUAGUGGGUUCAACGUGUGACAUCAGAGUGAAGAAUGGCAGUGUGUACGAGGGUAUCUUCAAGACCCUCAGCUCAAGGUGUGAGCUUGCAGUGGAUGCAGUGCACCGGCGCUGUGAGGAAGGGGGCAAUUCCUCUGCCCCACCCAGGAGAGAGGAGAUCACAGAUACCAUGAUCUUUAGCCCCUCUGACCUGGUCACCAUGACCUGUAAAGAUGUGGACCUCAACUACGCCACCAGAGACACUUUCACAGACACGGCCAUCAGCUCUGCGCGUGUGAAUGGGGAACAUAAGGAGAAGGUCUUACAGCGGUGGGAGGGCGGAGACAUCAAUGGAGAGAGCUACGACCUAGAAGCCGAUGCUUCCAAUGGCUGGGAUGCCAACGAAAUGUUCAGGUUCAACGAGGAGAACUACGGCAUCAAGUCAACAUACGACUCCAGCCUCUCUAUGUACACUGUGCCUCUGGAGAGGGGCAGCACGGAGGGCUUCCGUCAGCGCGAGGCGCGGGCGGCCCGUCUGGCCAGCGAGAUCGAGUCCAGUCCCCAGUACAGGCACCGCGUGUCCCUGGAGAACGAGGACGGGAAGACGGAGGAGGAGAAGUUCAGCUCCGUCGUCCGGGACCGAGACGGCAGCGAGAGGGAGAGGGGAAGGGAGAGCCCCAGAGAGAGGGAGCGGGAGCGGGGCCGCGACAGUCCCAGCUUCUCCGGCAGCAGCAGGGAGGGUAAAUACAUACCUUUGCCCCAGCGAGCCAGGGAGAUGGGGGUGUCGGGGAGCAGCAUAAGAGGGGAGCGGGAGAGGGGGGAACGAGGCGGUGGAGGAGGUGGUACAGCCUCUCUCUCCAAUCGAAUGGGUGGGUACCACUCCAGUAGACCGGGCCCUCCCAAUUCCUCCCCGAGACCCCCGCUCCCCUCGUCCGGCGGCCAGCCGGCCCCUUCGUCAGAGAGGAACAGCCCGCUCUCCAGCAGGGGGGGGUAUUCUCCGCACCACCCCCAGGGCAGCCCCGGCCCCGCCAGCGCGUACACUCCCUCUGCGGCCCUCGGCAAUGCCGGCGGCGGGGCCUCCGCCCGCCUGAACGAACCGGCCGUGGCCUCGCCCGCCCCGGCGCUGGCCUCGCCCGCCAGCCCUCCCACCGCUCAGUCACACAGCCUCCCGCUGCCCCACUCCCUCUCCGACACCGCCCGGCCCGUCAACGGAGUGUCAUCCAGAACCUCCCCAAAAUCCCAGAGACCUGUACAGGCCAAUAGAACCCUCCGCACAGCCAACUCCCACACCACUCCUGCAGUCUCGCGUUCUCCCAAAUCAGGGGUCGCGUCCCAGGACCCCACUACUGGUGCUGCCCCGUACUUGGAUACCACAGCUGUCACCAUGACGACUCAGAAAUCAACCGGCCCUGCUCCUCUCUUCCCUGUCGAUGUGAAUGAGAUCCUCAGUGCAGCAGGAAAAGUGGAGAGUCCAGUCAGCCCACAGGACGGGAAGAGUGUUAAGGCUCCGUCGGCUCCAUCAGUUCAGCAGCGGUCACAAAUCGAAGAGCUGCGGAAAUUUGGCAAAGAAUUUAAGCUCCAGACCACCGCGGGCUCCAGCAGCGGCGGGCCGCCCAUCACGGCCCAGGGCGACACCCCCCAGCCCGGCCCCGCCCAGCCUUCCCCGGCCGAGCCGGCGCCACCCUCCGAGCCCAAACAGAGCCCCGCCCAGAACCCUGCUCUGCCCCACGCCCCCUCCUCCCCGCCGGAGGAGCAGGGGAAGGAGAAGGAGGCGGACGCGGCCGUCGCCGGGGGCGCCGCGCCCCCCGUCCAGCCGGCCGUUCCAGACGUGCAGUCUCCCGGGACGCCUCAGCCCGCGAGGACCCCUGGCGCCGAGGAGCCUCGGCUGGAAUCCGCAGAGCGAGGAGAGGGCGUUACUGAUCAAGUGAAGAAGUCAACUCUGAACCCCAACGCCAAAGAGUUCAACCCCAACAAGCUGCCUCUGACUCUGGCCAAGCCCACUUCAGCCCCGACGCCUCCACGACCCACGCCUCCCAGCCCCUCCGUGGUGCUGCAGCCUCCCCCCGGACAGGCCCCCAUAUACAACACCCCCUACCUCUCCUACGUGUCCCAGAUACAUUCUGUACAGGCCCCUCAGAUGUACCAGUACACCAUGUCUACAGUCAGCCAGGGCAAGUACCCCAGAGCCAAAGGCUCGGUGGUGGCCCCCCGCUCGGACCACAGCUCCUCGGCGCCCCCGAUGAUCCAGGCGGCGGCGUCGGCGGCCGGGCCUCCUCUGGUGGCCUCCCCCUACCCCCCCUCCUAUCUGCAGUACAGCCCCCAGCAGUACAACCAGCAGGUCAUACAGGCCAUGACGCACUACCCCGGGCAGCCCAUGUACUCCAUGCUGCAGGGAGGCGCCCGCAUGCUGGGCUCCGGAGGAGGUCACCCUCAGCAGCUGGGCCCCCCCGGAGGUCCUCAGUUCCCCGGACAGGGAGAGGGGCCCCCCGGCCCGCAGCAAGGACUCUACGCUCCGCAGUCCUUCUCUCAUCAUUCUGGCUCCAUGCACCCGCCCCAGCCUUCCAGCACACCAACUGGAAAUCAGCCACCCCCCCAGCACGCCGCCCCCAGCCCCAACCAGUCUGCCCAAUCAGGUCCACAGCCCCAAUCCCUCUUUCACUCUGGGCCCCUUUCUGCUCCCACUCCACCGAACAUGCCCCCUGGACACAGCUCUCCACAGGGCUCCUACCCCCUGCAGGGGUACAGUCUGCAUGGGCACCAGCACAUCCCCCAGACCUACCCCUCUCUGGGGCAGCUGGCACAGGCCCAUGUACCAGGCGCUCUGUCUGGCCCCCAUCAUUCGGGCACCCAUGGACACCCCCAGGUGAUGCUGCUGCAUGCUCCUCCCCAGCAGGGGCCGGGCUCCGGGCCUCAGCACCCCCAACAUGGCCCCCCGCCUCAGCAGGGCGCCCACCAACACUACGCAUACAUCGGACAUCCGCAGGUGCAAGUGCAGGCUCACCCUCCCCAGCAGCUCCCCUUCCAUCCGCAGGGAAACUGAACACUCAGGACGGGGGCCACGGGCAGGAGGCGGGAAGCAAGAGAAAGGCUUCAGACUCUCGCUGUCGUCCCCUCCCGUUCGAUAAAACAGCCAGUUGUCCACCAUUGUCCAGCGCCCGAGGAUGAAACUCACUUUGCAAAG